AACGUCGCAUCUUAUCAGAACCUGUUAGGUUUAUACCUCGUAUUUCGGAAAGCUGCGCAAGUCACAGGUUCAUACGAUAAUCAAGAGAAUUAAUUUACUCUAAAUUGACAAUUGAAUAAGAUCAGGACGCUCGUUAUUAAAAUUUAACGUUGAAUUUUUGAUGACAAAUUUUGCGGUUAUAAACGUGAAAUUGAGUGGUAAUAUUUCAUUGUGGGUUUAAAAAAAACAGGAGCCUCCCGCAAACAUGCUGAAGUCAUUUGAAGGGAUCGCGCCUUUUGUAAAAAAGUUAGCCGCUCAAACUUACUCAAUUGAUAAUUGGGUUUUCAAACUUCACUAUCGGAUUACCUUCACAAUUUUUAUGGUGUCUACCAUCUUAGUCUGCUCAAGACAAUAUAUUGGAGAACAUAUACAUUGUAUGACUGAUAAGGGAUCAAUUCCUCCACAUGUAAUGAAUACUUUCUGUUUUUUUACAUCAACCUUUACUAUGGUAAAAGACCUAAAUGCAGAACACUUAGAUGAUGAAUUUAUACCUCAUCCAGGUGUUGGUCCCAUGGGAGUCAAUUCCAAAGAGGAAGUAAAACGCCAUGCCUACUAUCAAUGGGUGCCAUUCGUUUUAUUUGGUCAGGGAAUUAUGUUUGUUAUUACGCAUCAACUAUGGAAAAAACUCGAAGGUGGACGGAUUAAGUACUUGGUAGAUGGAUUACAACUCGCGGCAUUUUCAUUGCAAGAUAAAAACAUCAAGGUGUCAAAUAGAUGUAUACCAACUAAACAGGAAAGGGAUGAAAAAAUAAAGACGAUUCGAAAAGCUUUCAUCGAGAGGAUUUACAUAAGCGGCUCUUGGUCCAUUAAUCUUAUGAUUUGUGAAGCUUUGAAUCUGCUAAAUGUCAUUUGUCAAAUCUACAUCACUAACACAUUCCUAAAUGGUCAGUUUUUACAUUUAGGUGCGGAUGUGGUUAAUCAGGGAUUAGAAUCCAGCGUUGACCCAUUAGAUGAAGUGUUUCCUAAGGUAACCAAAUGUACCUUUCAAAAGUAUGGUCCUUCCGGUACUAUCCAGAACCACGAUGCAUUAUGCGUGAUGGCUCUUAAUGUGGUAAAUGAUAAAAUAUAUACUUUCCUAUGGUUUUGGUACAUACUUUUAUUCAUUUGCACUGCUUUAGGAUUAAUAUGGAGAUUUGUAACAAUUCUGCUGCAUGCCAGAAGUAAACUAUUCAACAAGAUAGUGUUUGCCUACAGUUGUCCAGGUAAAAUUAGUCCUUGGGAUGUCUUGACAGUUUCGAAAUACUGUAGUUAUACGGACUGGUUAUUUUUAAAAUAUUUGGCAAAAAACCUGGAUGGUUUGGUGUUUAGAGAAAUAAUUAUCAGUUUGGCGGAAGAACUGGAAGGUGAGCAUAUUGAACCUGCUAAACAAUCAUUACUAAGUAGUAAUGCAUCCACUGCCGAAGAUAGCGACUAUAAAAUUGAAUAUAAGACUGACUAGGAAAUAAUAGUUUAUGUAAUUUUAGUACUAAUGUAUAUUUUUUAUUUAAAAAAAGUACAUUUUACCUGUAUAUUUAACAUAAAAUAUACUAUGUAUUUUACUGUU